GGGAUUUGGGGCUCUACCACCGUCCAAGGAAGACUGGACUUGUUCAUGUUCCUCGUGGUCAAGUAGAAGCAAAAAGAGGAGUUCAUCAUGUUCAGAGAGUGGUAGCAAAACUUCAGAGUGAUGUUGUUGUUGAGGAGGGAAUCGACGCUAGAAGAGUGGUGGAGGAAGAUCAUCAUGUGGAACAAGAAGAUGGUGAAGUGGGACAGAUAAAAGCAGAACUACGUCAUCUCCGUCUUUUUUUCGACAAAGCCUUGGGUGACAUGCUUAUGUCUUCAUCAAGUGAGGAAGAUUUACUACGACGUGGAGCACCAGUACCACCCGGACAAGAUGGACGAGACCGAACUGAGAGGUAUAAAAAUAUUGAUGAAGAUCAACGUCUUCGUUGUGGUGGAGCGUGGUCCCACGUGUGCUUGGCAGAAUCAGCUGAACAAGGUGAAACCGUAGCUCUUGAGAAUGAAGAAAGGUUUCAUCAGUCGAUGCGCAAAGCGGAAAGAAGUGCAUGGACCAGGAAAGGACUGGAGGAAGAGCACGAAGUGGUAGAAGAAUAUGCUUUGGGUGAAGACGAACCUGAUGAGCUUGAGCAUGGUGCCGACGAGGACGGUGCAAUUAGUACUGUAGACACCGAUACAGGAUCACCACGACAGGAUGCAAGAAGAAGUGGCUUGUCUGAGUUCCCUGACACUUCAUCUAGGUCGCCGGAAGCCGAGCAUGGCGACCAUGAGAAGUUUUGGGAUUCUCAGGGUCAGAAGGAUGCGCACAUGGUACGACACGGUAUAACUAGAAGCCAGGAUGCACGUGAGGGUGUUGAGAAGAAUGAAGAUCAACAACUACUUCAACAUGCAAUCGCAGAAAAGGCAGAAGGCAGAGCAGAUGUUUCGCCAAGGACAGUGAGUGGAGAGGAACAACAAGUCGUGGUAAAUGAUCAGGCGGGACGAGAGGCAGAAACUGUGGCUGGAAGUGUGGAACAAUUGUCCGUCGGAGGCAACACAACUAGCGAACAACUACUGUCUAAGUCAAGAUCUUGCGUCGAUGAAGUAAUGGCGAUUCAAGAUUUGCAAACAGCGUGCUCUAUUUUUCGUCGAACCGCGCUUAUUCUCGCGAUGCACCCUGAUCAGCCGACUGGCUGUAUUGUAGACUUCGCGUUGGCGCAUGGAAUCCCGUUCGCUGUAGUGCCGUGUUGCGUACACGCCACUACUUUUCCAAAGUUAUGGAACUAGUCGUAGUAAAAGUAAAUUCAAGAAGUCGACGAUUGGCUCCACACCCACCACGACCGGUAUUUCAUUUACUAUUUUCAAAACUACUCCUACACCAUCAUGAAUCUAACGAGACGACGGGUUCGCGGAGUGCGUGUGAACAGCUACGAGCUGCUUAUCGACUGGCUAGCCGAGAAAGGAAAUGGGCUGGAAAAUCCCAUCAAAGUCGAGACGCUCACCUUCGGGGGUCGAAACAAAGUUGUGUAUUGGAUGGGUUCGAAUGCGUGAAGUAGGAUGAUGUAGUGAAACAUUCUGGUACGCAGAGAAAAAAGGAAGACGGGCUUCCAAAAGAACGCCCCCCAAAACACGACUCCCAAGAGAGCUGAAGCAGUCGGCUGUUCAAGCUUUAUUUGCAGACUUUCAUUAUCAAAUACGGCGCGUGAAAGAUCGUGUGAGAUUCGACGUGCUGAAUAG